AAUUUGUUAAACAAGUCGUUUAAAAUGAUAGUUCGUUAUUAAAGAUAAAACAAUAACUAUCAAAAAACCAUUGAAAUGGAUCUGGUCACUCAAACAAGCCUAGAAGCAUUACUACUAAAAGCUACGAAUUCCAAAAACCUGAAUUUCGAUACAGUUGCUGUGGAUGCAUUUUGUACCUUGAUUAAUAAGGAAAAGGAUGGUCCUCACGUUGGCGUUAAAGUCAUCGCUGCUCGCCUACCUACAGGCGACGAAAAGGAAAUGUUACAGACACUGAAUGUUUUAGAUCAUUGCAUGUCCAAGUGCGGCGUAAACUUUCAAAACGAAGUAGGAAAAUUUAGGUUUUUAAACGAAUUGAUUAAAUUGGUUUCACCAAAGUAUUUAGGUUCUCAAACACCUUUAACUGUCAAACAAAAAAUCUUACAACUACUAUAUGUUUGGACAUUAGAUUAUCCCAAAGAAACUAAGAUUAUCGAAGCGUUUGAUAUGCUGAGAAAGCAAGGGGUUGUGAGGGAUAUUCCGAAUCCAAAUGUUCCUUCCUUAGAUGCUAGCAGUGUUCCAAAAAGAAAAGUGGCAAAUUCUGUAUUCCAAGAUGAGGAAAAAUCAAAAAUAUUACAGAAGUUAUUACAGAGCAAAGAUCCAGAGGACAUUCAAGCUGCAAAUUGGUUAAUAAAAAGUAUGGUUAAAGAAGACGACAAAAGAGCUGAGUUAAAAAGUAGAAGAGUUUCAGAACUAGAAUCUAUUCAAAAUAAUGUUAGACUCUUAAAUGAAAUGCUGGAUUCAUAUAAACCAGGAUAUUCUUCAAGUGGUGAACUAGAUCUUAUUAAAGAAUUGUAUCAAAACUGUGAACGUUUAAGGCCUUCAGUAAAUAAAUUAAUUUUAGAAACCCAUCACGAAGAAGGAAUGUUAGAUGACAUUUUAAAAACUAACGACGAACUAUCAACAACUUUUGAUAAAUAUAACAUACUGAUUGUUCAACAGAAACAUUUGCCAGAAAAGCCAGAUUCUGCUGAAUGUCUUCUUCAGUUUGAUAGCACCAGUUCCAAAGGGUCACUUAUUGAUGGCAAAAUUAAAAUGGCUCAAAAUUGUGAUAGUGAAAAAUCAAUUGAUGUCCUAUGUGAUAUUUUUACUGCAUCUGCUAUACCAGAUUCUGGAGAUGUUUUGCAGCCUGUCACUCUAGGAAAAUGUGAUACCACCGUUUUAGGUGAAAGCAGCAAAGAAAAGCCAAAACCUUCAGGCUUCGAUGAUCUUGAUGUUCUUGGAGAUCACUUACUAAGAGAAAAUUUACAAAGCUUAAGAACUAACACUGAAAAGGUGCCAAUGAACCUAUUAAACAAAAUAUCUGAAAUAAAACAAAACCAGCAAACAACUUCAAAUCUGCCAUCAAACAAUAUGGAAUCUUUAAACCUUGAUUUAAAUUACUUGCUGAAUACCAAAAAUGACACCAACUUAACCAGCAACGAACUGAAUAAAUGUAACGACACAUCUGACGAUUAUUUAGUUGACAUAACUGAUGAAACUAUGUUGGAAGUCGAUAAGAAUCCAGAUUCAGAUGCUAUACACACCUUAUCUGCCAUAUCAAAACUGGAAAAAGGCUCCAUCGAACAGAAUACGGUGUCGGAAAAAUUUGUUAAGCCUGAGGUGAAGCUGAAUGAUAUCUUCAUUGACUUGAAAAGUAUUAAACCUAGUGGGUUACCUCCGAUGGUGAUUCUGGAUGAGAAGAAUGGCAUAACUGUGACGUUGCACAUGGCCAGAGAUGAACCAAAGGACGGAGUUAACGUUUUUGUAAUUACAACUGUUAGUAAAAAUGAAGCGCCUUUGAGCAGUUACUUAUUCCAAGCUGUUGUUCCCAAGGGGUGCAAACUGAAGCUGCAACCUCCAUCAUCAACUGAUCUUCCCGCAUACAAUCCAUUUUUACCACCGUCAGCCAUUACUCAAAUAUUAUUAAUAGCGAACCCCGAAUCUCUGAUGAUCUCUUUAAAAUUUAUCGUAAGUUAUGUAAUGGACGACGAAACAACUACUGAAAUGGGCGAGGUGGAGAGGUUACCGAGACUUCACUAGGAUUUAUUUUGGAUAAAAUAGUGUCAGGGCUUUAAAGAAAAUGGGAAACACAACUGCAAGUUUUGCGUUGUUUCGCCACACAGUACUAUCAAUUUUCUAAACUUAAAAAUACUUUGGCCAUAGGAGUCUCUAAGGUCUUGUAGGACUGUAAAAAAUAAGGUAUUAUCUAAUUUUUUGGUGAUUAAUUCAGCAGAUGUUUUUAAUUUAAGUCAAUGUAUGUUUCGUUAAUUAAUAACCCGGAACAUGAGCUGUAUGCGGAAUUUAAACUUUUUUUGGUUAACUUUAACGAAGGUUCAAGUUGAAUAUAGCCGCAAGUGUCAAC